AUGAUGGUCUUCUGUUCCGGCAAAUUUCCCCACCUUGUAUGUAUCAGAGAAACAUACUUGAUAGAUGAGGUUUUUCCACGUAGGGGGGUGCUUGGUGCUUACUGCUCACUGAUUGUGUGGUAUCUGUUUUUACUUUUUGCUCAUCGAUUAUGUGGUGUUGCAGUUUCCUCGAAGAGUGAGGAUAAAACUUUUAGCAGCUUGCUACCAAAGCAGGAUUAUGGCACUGAAUUUGGCAAGCUUGAUGAUAAUGAUUAUGGAAGCAGAGGACCUUUCAUGUGGAAAUAUGAGACGAGCAUCGAAGCCUCUGGAGCAUCUGCCUUGGAACCCGAUGACAAACUACACUUGUCUCCUUCAGCAGUUCAGAAUUUGUCCAUUUCUACUCCUAACACUGAGCGUCAUUUUGAGCCUCAUAUCCAUCAUCGUAAACUUUUCACACCAUCUCAGAUAAGCUCUGCAAUUGGAGCUUCAGGGGAUGCCCGUUUUUAUUGUUCUCUAGCAGCCGCCAUUUUAGUAGUUCUGUCUUCUGUAGGAUUGCCUAUACUAGGCAGCCACAUAAUAAAGUGCAUCAUAUUCUUCAGACCACUUUAUCUACUUCUUCUGACAAACAUCUCAAUUGUCCUGGCACGACUCCUUUUAGUACAACAGAGAGGCCUAGAGAGGGUUAAGCAAGAAGCAAAUAAUGGUUCUUCAAUAAGUGGGUAUGGGUUGGCUGAUCAAGUAGGGAAAGCUCUGGAGUCUGGUUUGUUGUUGCAAAACAUCAUGAGUGCAUUGUUUAUGGACUGUAGUAUCUAUGCUGUAGUGGUCGUAAGUGGCCUUUCCCUGGUAAAGAAACUUGGCUGGUGA